AUGACAGCCGAUGAUCAUCAACAUAUAUCGGAACAUAUAGGCCAUGCCACUUCAGCCGUUGUAUCAGUAGCGACUUCAACCUCCCCCAAUAGAGAUUUUUCCGAUGUGGUUCAAGGUGAAGUACUUGAAUUUAGAAAAUCUCCAAAACCUGAUUUUGCAUUAACUCAAGGUAUAGCUGAUUAUUUAUCCCCCAAAAACUUUGUUCAACGUUGUUCUGCUAAUCAAUUAAUAACAUUAUCCGGAGCAUCAGCUGGGUUUUUAGCAGGAGUGGUGGUAUGUCCCCUUGAUGUGGUUAAAACAAGAUUACAAGCUCAAGGAGAUUUAGUCAAAUCAGAUUCAAAUUAUAAAAUUAAAUAUAAAGGAUUCGUAGGAGCAUUUAAAACUAUAUUACGAGAAGAAGGAUUUGCAGGAUUAUAUCGAGGAUUGGUUCCUAUAACAGUGGGAUAUUUACCAACUUGGACUAUAUAUUUUACCGUUUAUGAACGAGCCAAAAAAUUCUAUCCACAAUUUCUUCAAAAAAAUUUCAAUAUUCAACAAGAUGCAUUAGCUCAUUUUUGUUCUGCAUUGACAGCUGGGUUAGGUUCAUCAAUUGCUGUUAAUCCAAUAUGGGUUGUCAAAACAAGACUAAUGAUUCAAACUGGUAAGGGUCAAACUAUUUAUGAUCAUAAUGAAAAGUACGCCAAAGAAAAUUUAAAACGAACAUAUUAUAAAGGUACUAUCGAUGCAUUUCGUAAAAUGUAUAAAGAAGAAGGAUUAAGAGUGUUUUAUAGUGGAUUGGUUCCUUCCAUAUUUGGAUUAUUACAUGUUGGAAUUCAUUUCCCUGUUUAUGAAGAAUUAAAGAAAAUAUUACAUUGUGAUACAGCAUUAAGUCAUCCUCAUGAUCCUGCUGAACCAAAUUCAAUCUUAUGGAGAUUAAUCAUGGCAUCAUCAGCAUCUAAAAUGGUUGCAAGUACCAUCACUUAUCCUCAUGAAAUUUUAAGAACAAGAAUGCAAAUUCAAGCUAUAAAGCAAGAAGCUAAAAAUCCAGGUAUCCAUAAAAAACAUCGAAUGUUAAAUUCACUUAUCAAGAUAUAUCAAAAGGAAGGUCUUAGAGGGUUUUAUGCUGGUUAUGCGGUGAAUCUUGUAAGAACCGUUCCGGCUAGUGCAGUAACGUUAGUAAGUUUUGAAUAUAUCAAGACUUAUUUACUUGGAUUAAGUGGUAAAUUAUAA